AGGGCGGUUGGUCAUUCUAUCGAUGUCAUUAUUCUGGUGAGCAAGGGUUUAUGUAGUAUUCUAGGGCAAUAUAUAAUGACAGAAGAUACGCUGCAUGUAACUAGGAUAUAGACAAAUUUACUAACAAAUAGGGUACAAAAAUGUCGGAAAUUAUAUGCGUAAACAUAUCUACAGUAAAUCAGGCAACAAAAUAAAAACGCACCACUGUCAAAAAAUGGUUCUCUGACUGUAGCCUACAGAGCAUUUAAUAAAUUAGAGGGUUAGGGUCGGGUGCAGGCCUCAGAUUUUCACUUCAUCACAUAGUCAGGCGGUUGCGGAUUGGUUAGCAAUUGUGGGUGAACAAACAGCUGACCCGCGCACCACUAGUAACGUUAGCCUACAUAUAUACAUUAAUAGCCACCAGGGGCCAAACAUUUUCCUGGAAAGAGAACCUUAAACGUCCCCAUGCCCAGUGCACGCAGUACCUCCUCCCCUCAGAGCAACGUGACAGGAAUCAGGACACCGGAUGAUAAACAAUAUGUGCUGCUGGUCCUACAUACAAUAUAGACCUACCGAUGAGGUAGCAGCAUCGGCUGAGGAAAAUUGGUUACAUAAAUUAUAUAUUCAGAGUAAUAAUGGCAACAGUUAAACCAGAUGACAGACUGACAAGUUCUCAGGGCUUCAUGUGCGUUGGUUUUGCGGGAGUUUUCAGUAAAACUGUCACGUCGCCCCUGGAGGUGGUGAAAAUCAAGAGUCAAGUGGGCACAUUUCACUGUAAAAAAGGCUUUCUCCACAGCUUUCUUGUAGUCUACCAGAAAGAAGGCAUACGAGGAUUUUGGAAGGGGAACCUCGUCUCCUGUCUCCGCCUGUUUCCUUACAGCGCCGUCCAUUUGUCAACAUACAAACAGAUCGUCCACCUCCAUAUGGAUGAAUUGGGCUACGUCUCUCAGUGGAGGGCCAUUUUUGCUGGUGGGCUAGCUGGUAUAAGUGCAGCGCUGGCCACGUACCCUCUGGAGGUGGCAGAGACUCGCCUCAUAGCUCAGAACUGCAGAGAGCCUACCUACAUGGGGGUGGUCCACACGCUUUCCAAGAUAUACCAGACCGAAGGCCUUCGAGCACUCUACAGGGGCUUCUCUCUCACAAUCCUCGGUGCAUUUCCCUUCUCUAUUGGUUGCUAUGCAGUCUACAUCAACUUGGACAAGCUGUGGCGGAAGCCCCAAUUCCGGUUCACUGCCCUACAGAACUUCAUCAAUGGCUGCAUAGCCGCAGGAGUGGCCCAAACCCUCUCCUACCCCUUUGAAACUGUGAAAAGGAAAAUGCAGGCCCAGAACCCUCGGCUCCCCCAUUAUGGCGGCGCUGAUAUCCACUUCACUGGAAUGUUGGACUGCUUCAGGCAGGUGAUCAGAAACAAGGGCAUCCUGACACUGUGGAGUGGCAUCACAGCCAACAUGGUCAAGAUUGUUCCAUACUUUGGCCUUCUCUUCAGCUGCUUUGAGAUGUGCAAGCAGGUCUGUCUGUACCGCAACGGGUACAUUGUGUCUCCGUUGAGCUAUAAGUUGGCACCAGGCGUGGACCAGAGCAUGGGCCCUACUGAGGUGGAAGAGGUGAAACAGUACCUGAAGAAUAGGAAGUUUCAGUCACAGCAAGGAAGUCGCUGGUGAAACUGGUGUAACAAAACCUGCAGAAGGGGAUGAUGACCAUUGGUAUAGGAAAGUGUCUGAACUAUCAAAAAGAGUCAGGAGUAUUUGUUGGAAUGCAAUACUUUGAAGAUGACAAUUUGGUUGAUGCCAGGUCUUUUACAGCUUUUUGUUUGUGAAUUAGUAACCAUUUCAGAAUCUGAGGUAGAUCCAUUGAUAGACAAUCAUGCUGUAUUGUUUUUUAAAGUUGCAAUGCAAUCAUAGGAAUUGUACUUUUAUACUUAAACACAUGGAUUUUUUUUUACUGUUUUGUUCAGAGCAAGGUUAUGGUAUUUUCUAACGUUGUUAUACAGUUUGACAGUAUUUGAUACUAUUGCACUCAUUCCGCUCCAGCCAUUACCAGGAGCCCCUCUUCCCCAAUUCAGGUGCCACCAACCUCCUGUGUAAUAUGGUCGGCCUUACGUAAAGGUCAUGAAGAGGAACACAAAGCACAAACCUGUUAUAAGAUGGAAUUAGCUUACUAAUGCCAAUUAAUGUUUUUCAUUAUGUACAUUAGGUUGUAAUGACUAUUUUAACAGACUUGGGUAUAUCAUAUUUAUAUGCCUUAAAGUUUCCAUAUUUAUUAUAAGUCUUAUUUCACUGACUGUUUUAAUUAUGCGUGGAAAUUGUUCACCCAAAGGAUCUGAUUGUGUCCUAGCCACUAAUCAGUCACUAACUUUCAUAGCACAUACUGUAUGUAUCAUUGUGUUGUGAAUCUAGCAAUAAGAUUGUAACUGAAGCACACCAAUGUCAAGUUUACGUGUACUGUAUACGGUAUGUAAUACAUUGGAUUGAUGAAACAA